AUGAAGCCACUGAGAGGAUCCAAUCGGGAUGCCACAAAAGCUCCAAACACUAAGUCUAAAAGCAAGAAAUCGAAUAACGAGAAAAGGAGAAAAAACGAGGCUAUUGAGAAUGAAGACACUCAACCCACCACAUCAAGAAAGAGAAAAGCCUCUUCACUACCUUCAAAAACAAAAGGAAGGGAGAACUGGAAGCAGAUGUCUGUGUCGUCUAUUGCUGAUGUGGAGAAAGUAAUGGAUCUGUCAAUAUUGGCAACACUUAUUGGGAAGCGGGCAGAGAAGAAGGAGGUUCAUGAACAUUUAAAUGCUCUGAAAAAAAGUUUUCUUGAUCACUGUUCAACGCUUAAAGUACCCAGUCACAAACAGAAACCUGAAGCUGCAGCUCAUCGUCUUCAUGAGGAAACCAAGAAAAGAGACGCAGAGAAGCAAACUCUGGGCUCAUUAGAAGAGAAUUUGAAAGCUGUGGUCAGUGCGCUGGAGAAGAAUGAACUGAAGAUGAACUCUCUUGAACACCAGUGCAGCGUUCUGAGGAACAGGCUGCAAGACAAAGAGGAAGAAACUGAGGAGAUGUUUCAGAAAAAGGAUUCCGUUCUAAACCUCUCGCUGCGGCCAUCCAAAGAUGAGAUGACAUUAGAGACUCAAAUGAGAAAAGCAGUGCCAGACGGUGAGGCAGAGACUUUGGCCAAAAAACUGGGAGAGAUUCUUCAGAACCGUGAGAGUGUCCAGAAUGCUCGGGAGCUGCUGUCCCUUGCACACAAACAGGUGGAUGAGCUGCUGAACCCGAACACUCACAGUCACCAUUACUUAUUGUUUGGGUCCUCUGAGCUCAACUAUGGCUAA